AUACUAACUAAUGCGCAGUGUCUUAUUAUUCUAAAGUAACUGGACCUACUCGUAAACACUAGGUUCAUUAGGUUUAGGAGGUACAAGUCUCUAUAGGUACUAAUUUACUGAAGCUCCGGCCCUUUUUGGUCGUAUGUUUGUUUCCGUUCAACCCUUUUUUUCUGUCACACUGGACGGAUGCGCUUUCGGUUUUGCUUCUGUUGAGUCACUCGGGUAGUAGUAAUGGCAGGUCUGGAAGUUCUUUACCGAGCCACUCUCGGCGAUAUCGCAACCUCUCAAGAUGCUCUGGUGUGUUUCGUGCAUUGGGAACUGGUGCGAGCCGGCUACGGGUGCCUGGGGGCCGGAGAUGAGCCGGGCACCAAUGAGAAAAAAUCUGAAAUGCUGCCAGCUGAUUGGAAUAAAAGCAGAGAGCUGUACACUUUGCGCUAUCAAUCAAAUGAUGAGACCAAUGUACUCCUGAAAGCAAUUCUAGUGGACUCAACUCUUAUUUUCAACAUGAUGAAUUUCAAAACAAACCAAGUGUCUGAUUUGAUUGUAAAUCUGACUGAGCAUGUGGAUGAUGACCACCUUCAGGAUUUUGGCAGGGUUUUCAAGGACCCAGAUAGCCUAAGGCAAAUGAUAAAAUCAUCAUUCGUGUCACCUCCAGUACAGACAGGGAACUCUAAAAAAAACAAGCCAGAGAAAUCUGCAAAUGUGCUCUAUGAGGCAGACCCACUUCGUAUUCCUGACCGAAAUCCUCGCUCUGAUCGUCACCCAGCUUGGCCUGAUCCCAUGGGACCAUUUGCAGUUGGGGGAUCUGAUCUGGACCCUUUUGGGAGCCGCCAAGGAGGAAUGAUAUUUGACCCACUACGAUCCGGUCUGCCAAGGCCUGGCUUUAAUCCCACUUCUGGAAUUCCUGGUCGUCUUCCCCCAGGUGCAGUACCACCAGGGGCUCGGUUUGAUCCAUUUGGACCAGUUGGAAGAAAUCCACCCGGCCCAGAUCCUGAUCACAUGCCACCACCAGGAUUUGACGACAUGUUUAUGUAAUUGACCAAGACCUGCAUAACAGCUCACAUUUUGAAUCCAGAGUUCUUUCUGGAUGACCUGUCUUCAUAGGUACCCCUGUUUGGUCUUAGAUCAAUUUGGAAAACUGAAAACUUUAUGCAGUGUUUUUUCACAUGCUUAACUACAAAAUAAAUGUUUUUGAAUCGUCCCACCAGUAAAAUAAACCCAGUCUUUGGAGGAGAUAGAAACUGAUUUUAUUUUACUGUUCAUUUGGAGAAAGUAGUGAGACUGCGUGUCCUAUGAUAUUUGUGUGUGCUCAUAACAAAGGGAAAAAAAAAUUAGGAAACUUGCCACGUAUCAUUAAUGAGUGCAUUUUUGGCACAACAGUUAUGAGGCUAAAUUGACACUGUGGCAAAAGCGUGUGACAAAAACCACUUUUCCCAAUGAACUGAAAUUGCCAAACACAUGAUCAAAAUCAUCUGUACUAGCCAUUGAUAGCUGUCUAGGGCAGAAAAAGGUCAUAAAGACUGUAAAUUCUUUGUUUCCACAGCCAGGAUUUACCAAAAAGUGGAAAGAAAUACUCUUGGGUGACUUGUUUAGAAUGUUCAACUUUAUUAGUGUGGUUUUAUGGCUGGUUUAAUGUAAUUUAUAUAUUAAAGAGAAUAUUUACUAGAUAUGUGAAAAUGUCCCAACCUCAGCAUAAAAUGCAGCAUCUUCAAAAAGUCUGCACUAUAAACGAAACUCCAGUAUCCGGCUGUUAAAUUCUGUAUUAUGCAAGCAUAAUGUGCAGGGCAGUGUAACCUUAUGUCAAAUUGGAUUCAUGUCUUCUUAAUAACAGUGAAACUGUGAAAUAACUGCAAGUUCAAAAAAAAUCAAGUUCAUAUUUGAAAUUAAUUAAAAGUGAACUUUUUUCAAAAUUAUCAUACACCAUCUCCUGAGUUCAGGCAUUAAUUUAAGCAGUAUAAAGGAUUUCAUAAACUGUUAUCUUCAAUUCCCAGUUCAAAGGCUAUGCCAAAUUUUAAAGAUUUUUUUCAAAGAGGUGAAGCAUUUUCUUUUUGAUUGACUGCUGGGUGUUUUUUUCAUUUUUUUAAAUAAUUUUUUAAGUCUUUUGUCUUGGUUGAUAAAACUACAAAAGAGCAUUCCAUUUUGUUUCUGCUAGCUUUUUGACUUUCGUUUUGGUCUGGAGUGUGCGAGUACCCCAGAGAGUUGACUUUGGAAGUUUCUAAUGUUUCUGAAUACUGUUUGAUGUUGUAGAGUAUAAAUUAAAUCAUAUUUACCAUAAUUCCUGGAAUA